AAACAAUCAAUUAGUAGGUCUCAUAUUGAGAGAGUGAGAGAGAAAGAGAGGAGAGAGAUGGGAGAGAUUGUAUUUACAGAGAAGCAAGAAGCUUUGGUGAAGGAGUCCUGGGAGAUACUGAAGAAUGACAUCCCCAAAUACAGCCUUCACUUCUUCUCACAGAUACUGGAGAUAGCACCAGCAGCAAAAGAUAUGUUCUCUUUCCUAAGAGACACAGAUGAAGUUCCUCAGAACAAUCCUAAACUCAAAGCUCAUGCUGUUAAAGUCUUCAAGAUGACAUGUGAAACAGCAAUACAGCUGAGGGAGAAAGGAAAAGUGGCUGUGCCUGACACAACCCUCCAGUACUUGGGAUCUGUUCAUCUCAAAAGCGGUGUUCUUGAUCCUCACUUUGAGGUGGUGAAAGAGGCUUUGGUGAGGACACUGAAAGAAGGGUUGGGGGAGAAGUACAAUGAAGAAGUGGAAGGAGCUUGGUCUCAAGCUUAUGAUCACUUGGCUCUAGCCAUUAAGGCCGAGAUGAAACAGGAAGACGCAUAAUUAGUUUUUAUGGUGAAUCUGUAUGCAAAAAGUAUGCAAAAUUUCAUCCCAUUAUCUUUGUGAAAUUUCUCUCAACUACUUUUGUUCUUUCUUUAGAGCUACAUGACAAUCAAUCAAUGAAAUAAAUAAAUAAACCUACUGUUAACAGAA